UAUUAGUGCGCGUGCUCAGCUGUCCAGUGAAAGAUGGCCGCGAGCUGUGUGGCAAGCUCUCUUUGAGGGAACUGAAGUCUUCGACAGACAUUUGAGGCAUUUUAAUUAGUACGGAAAAUCCGUUGUCUUUAACGGGGAAAAUGCUUCUGUAACCAUACACUUCGUUCAGAAUUUAUUUAAGAAGACUAAACACUAAGCAGGUGCUGAGUUGUCGGAAUGGCGACUGGAGGGGCUUCGUUUGAUGAUUGCGCAGAUGAGCAGGAGCUACACAACUGGACAGUCACAAAUGGAAGUCUAGAGGACCGUCUCAAUAAUAUGGACUGGGGCAUUCAUCAGAAGAAAGCCAAUCGCUCCUCAGAGAAAAACAGGAAGAAGUUCUCCACUGUCUCGGAGAGUCGACUGACCAAUGACAUCUCUCCAGAGUCCACACCAGGAGCUGGGCGAAGGCGGGCUCGCACCCCGCACUCCUUCCCCCACGUGAAGUACGCCACACAGAUGUCCGUUCCUGACCAGGCCGAGCUUGAGAGACUGCGACAGAGAAUCAACUUCACUGACCUGGAUGAGAGGAGCAUUGGCAGCGACUCCCAGGGCCGGGUCACGGCCGCCAACAACCAGAGGCAGCUGGCUGAGAACAAGAAGCCCUUUAACUUCCUGCCUCUGCACGUCAACACCAACAAGAGUAAGGAGGCGCCCGUCACCGCCACCCCCUCCACCCUGGGGGGCAAGGAGCCCAAGAAGCAGAGCCCUGGGAGGGACCUGUUUGCCCCUGUGCCCACCUCCAGUAAGGAAGCCUUUGGGCCAGAUAGGGGGGGACCCAUGGAGGCUGGCCAAGGGGAGCCCACCAUUGACAGCAGUCAGGUUGUCAGUAAGCUGGUGCAGAUCCGCGAGUCUAUUAGCAAGGCCAACUCCAUGCGGGAUGACAUGUUGGAGAAGAACGAUGUCCCAGCCAAUGUGGAACGCUUGUCUCACCUGAUCGCACACCUCAAGGAGCAGGAGAGGUCUUACCUAAGGUUUCUCCAAAAGAUGCUGGCGAGGGAGGAGGAGGAUGAGGAGGAGGACGGGGGCACCGUCGACUCGGCCGUAGGCUCGGGCUCAGUGGCGGAGAGCACGUCUUUGAACAUCGAGCCCCGCUCCGAAGCCUCUGGCACCACCGGCCGAGGCGUGCGCGGGGAGCAGAAGGAGGAGCUGGAGAACCUGCGUAAGCAGCACGACCUGCUGAAGAAGAUGCUGGAGCAGCAGGAGCAGCUGCGGGCGCUGCAGGGCAGACAGGCGGCACUCCUGGCCAUGCAGCAGACCGCUGAGCAGGCCAUGCAGGUCAUGGACGAGACCGUGGUGACGGAGACCACAGGCAGUGUGUCUGGCAUCAGCAUCACCUCGGAGCUCAAUGAUGAACUGAACGACCUCAUCCAGCGCUUCCACAACCAGCUCCAUGACUCACAGACUAAGGCAGUGCCUGAUAACCGGCGUCAGGCGGAGAGUCUGUCCCUGUCCAGAGAGGUGUGUCGCUCCAGGGUGCCCCAGCAGUCCCACUCGCAGCCCCAUAGUCCCCUCUCCCCCCGCGGGGCUUCUGCCGCCCCGGCCUCCGCCUCUGCCGGGGCCUCUGCCUCUGCCGCCACCGCCAAGCUCAGCAAGCUGCAGGACCUGCAGGACAAGAAGGAAACGAUGGACAAGAUCCUGCAGGAGCUGCACUCCCUCCGAGACCAGACGCUCAACAACAGCUCCUGUCGGGGAGCGUCUCUCUCCUCCCAACGGGGGUUGGGUGCAGGUGUGUCGUCCGAGCGUCCCUCCGUCCUUGGCCGGGAGGCCAACGGAGCGCGUGCAGUGCGGCAGGACUCCUACCUGGAGGACACCAGCCAUCCUGCUGACAAACUCAGGAAGCUGAAGGAGGUGCACAAGCGCCUGAACGAGCUGCGGGAGCUGGUCCAGUACUAUGAGCAGACGUCGGAUAUGAUGGUGGACGCUGUCAACGAGAACGUCAAGGAUGAUGAUGAGGAGACAGAGGAUGGGUCGCUUUUUGAGGCAAUAUUCGACUCUGAGCAGGAGAAUAGAGAACCCAUCACAAAUAUCAGAAACCCCCGGCACACUGCUAACUGGGUGGACAUGAACAGCCUCACUAAUGGGCGAGGCGCAGGUGGCAGCAACAACAGAGAGGGUCGCCUGAACACAGACUGUGAGAUCAACAACCGCUCCGCCACCAACCUCAGGAGCCUCAACAUCCCCUCUGUCAUCGAAUGCCAAUAUAACAGGGACCGCCAGUUCAACGGCGUGAAGGAUGACGACGAGGCUCUAGAGGAAGACGGCGCACGGCGCAGGCGCAGAGAAAGCGACGGCUCUGGGUCCAGUCGGCGGAGCAGCCUGGGUGUUGCGGAUGAGGACACAGAGUUCGCCCAGAAAGUCCACCGCCUCCAUACCGCUAAACAGAAGUUGCGCCAGCUUCAGGAGCUGGUAGCCAUGGUGCAGAGUGAUGAUACGGAUGCCACCACCGCCAAUGAGGAGGAGGGGCUCCACCAGCAGCCCAACAACACCAGGGCUCCUGCUCCCAAAGCCAAGAGAGAGCUAGUCCUCUCUGACCAGGCCCGGGAGAAGCUGUAUGAGGAGAAAUUGAAGCAGCAGCAGCAGGAGCUGAAGCAGCUGCAGGAGGAGCGCCAACGGCUCAUGGACAUCCAGGGCAAGAUCCAGGACCUGCAGCGGGCAUGCCCAGACCUGCAGUCGUCCGUGUCCAGCUCUGUGAGCGGGCCGGCUCUGAGGAAGAUCCCGGCAGCAGCGUCCACCCCAGCCUGUGGGAACUCUGCUUCAGCCACCUCAACUGUCCUCAAGCCCUCCGCUGAAGCUGCCUCCGCCUCCGUCGCUGACAACGAGCUGUGGACGGAGAUGCGGCGACACCAGAUCAUGCGCGAGGAGUUGCGCCAGCGCAGGAAGCACCUGGAGAGCCUGAUGGCAGAGCAGCAGCGCCGCAGCGUGCUCCACGACACCUCCUACAGGAGCGACGCAGCGCUCGAUACGACACACCUCCCACACGCCAUCAGCAGGGAUGAGAGGACCAUGGCCACGUGGGGAGGUUCCACUCCGUGCAGACUGGAUGACGAAGAGGACAGCUAUGCUUCAGAGGUGGAGGCUGAGGAAGAGGAGGAGGGAGAGGACUCCGGUGAAGAGUCCAGUUACACUGAUGACCUGCAGGUUUACCCCAGGAAGCAACCGUCCUACAGCAGCAAGAAAAGCAGGAACAGUCUGAAGGGCUCGGGUGGGUACCAGGGGGAGAGUGCUGGACUGAGCCAAUCCAAGCAGCAGCAGCAGCAGCAGCAGGGUGAGGGCAGCAGCGGCGGGAGGCGGCAGGAGAACUUGCGCUGGGCGACGGACCUCUCAUUCACCGAGGGCACGCACUACUGGCAGGAGCAGGUCAGCCAGCUGCAGAAACAACUGGACUUCAGCACCAGCAUGUGCCAGACACUGCUGCAGGACCAACAGACUCUGUCCUACAUGCUGCAGACACUGAUGACUGGGCCAUAUAACGUGUUGCCAGGAAGCAUGGCCUCUCCUCAGGUGCCCCUCAUCAUGCACCAGCUCAACCAGUGCUACACACAGUUAGCCUGGCAGCAGAGCAACAUCCAGAGGUUGAAGCAGGGUCUGAAUGAGCUGCUUCGUAAACAGCAGCAGGAGCAACAGCAAACGGGGCAGCAGAAGUCUCGGGUCCAGCCAGGUUCCACGCAAGACUCCAGCACCUGCUCUCUCUCCCCCUCCAUCUUCCUGCCCUAUGCGCUCAACCUGCCGGGGCUCGCCCCCUGCUCCCCUGGCUUUAACAUGGCCCCCAUGUUUCCUUCCGCGGGGGGCGAGUUCCCCCAGAGCCCUGCUGCGCAGGCUGGCCCCUCUCAGCAGCAACAGGACCCAAACCUCUCCAUGAAGACAGAGUACAUGAGCUUCCCACCACCCCUGCAGAGAUCCACAUUCAACAACACGGACAACCGGCCUCAGGCAGACAGCAGCCUGACGGACCCUCAGAGCCCCGGCUGGCUGAACAGCUCCCACGGCCCCCAGCAGCAGCAGCAGCAUGCUCCGCCCCCCGGCUCAGGGGCGCGACUCCCCCAGACGCAGCGCCCGCCGCUGCAGCAGCAACAGUCCUACACCCCGUCUUCGUCGCCUGUCGCGCCCAGACUGCUCCGGGCGCGCUGCUACCAGCAGCAAGACUCGCAGGAGUCCCUGAGCAGCAUGCCCGACCCGGGGGACCCCACCACAGUCACCAGGACCUACCGGCCUGGCAGGAAGGCCUCCGCUCAGGCCAGCCUGGCCUCGCGUGACAAAACGCCCAACGCCAAGACCCGACGAAGGAGGGGCAAGGGAAAACAUGCAGGUGUAGAGAGCGACAGUGUGUCCAGCACAGCAGACUAUUUCCAGGGGAGGGAGAGGGGCAGAGCCCCCCAGGCCCAGCCCAGAGGCCACAACCAGAGUCUACUGGACAAACUCACCCAGGAGAAGCUGGACAGCAAGACCAAGAGCAGCAAGCCCAACGACGUGUCAUCAGCGUAUGCUUGGAGAACACCCUUCCUCUCUAACAGAAUUGCAUGCACUGAAGCUCCAGAUGCUAGCAGUGAUUUCUCGCUGUUCGAAGCUCUGAGGGAGACCAUCUACUCUGAGGUGGCUACCCUCAUCUCCCAGAACGAGUCGCGCCCACACUUCCUCAUUGAGCUUUUCCACGAGUUGCAGCUUCUCAAUUCUGACUACCUUCGCCAGAGGGCCCUCUACUCAUUACAGGACAUCGUGACCAGGCACCUGACUGAGAAGAACGUGGCCGAGGACCAGGCUUCCUCCUUGGGGCCGGCGGUGUGGGUUGGGGGCUCCCAGUCUGAGCUCACCCCCAGUGAGAGUCUGGUCACCAGUGAUGCGGAGAUGUCGGAAAAGAACAUGGGCCUGAAGCCGAAGCUGGCGGCCGACGGUGACUCUGUGGAUGAGGAGAGCUUCAUGUCCACCUCCUCCAACCUGGAGCCCUUUGCCAGUGACGACCUAGGUAACACAGUGAUUCACUUAGACAAAGCUCUGGCCAGGAUGAGGGAAUAUGAGCGCAUGAAGCUUAAGGCCGAGUUUAACCCGAGCAACAAAAACAGCUCUGCUGCUGACGCCUCUAACACUGACCUGCCCUCGCCUAGCAAUGCCGCUGCUUCUGCUUCUGCUGCAGGACUACUGGAAGGGUCCUGUCAGGCGUCUGGAGACAUGCGCUGCCCUCAGAUCGACACCCAGCAGCUGGAUCGGCAGAUCAAAGCCAUCAUGACUGAGGUCAUCCCCUUCCUGAAGGAGCAUAUGGAUGAGGUGUGCUCUCACCAGCUGCUCACCUCCGUGCGUCGCAUGGUGCUCACGCUCACACAGCAAAACGACGAGAGCAAAGAGUUUGUGCGCUUCUUCCACCGGCAGCUGGGCGGCAUUCUCCAGGACUCCCUGGGGAAGUUUGUUGGUCGCACACUGCAGGAGUGUGGGGAGGACCUGCUAGUGGAGAUCUCGGAGAUUCUAUUUAACGAGCUGGCCUUCUUCAGACUCAUGCAGGACCUUGAUAACAAUAGCAGCAGCACAGCUAAGAACCGUACCAAGAGAAGUCGCAGCGCUGUCUCCACCAAACACGCCAACAAGACUGAGGGGAAAGGCACUGAUGGCGAGACUACAUUUUUGCCAGGUUACUGUGACCAAGACAAGGAUCGAGAUGAGACCGAGCAGGAAGGGGCCACUCAUAACCUGGAGAAAGAAGAGCAUUUGGAAGAGAAGGAUGGACAGAGCAGUGAAGCCUCUGAAGUGGAGGAGGAGGUGGAGGAUGAAGAAGAGGAGGAAGAGGAGGGCAGAGAUGGAGAUGGACCAUGCCUUUCUAUCAGCCUGUCCAAGGCAGAGACCCAACCCUUGACCAACUAUGGCAGCGGUGAGGAUGAGAACGAGCUGGAGGAGAUGGAGGAGUUUGAGGCUGGGCCAGUGGAGGUCCAGACAUCGCUACAAGCCAGCACCGACACCACACAUGACAACAAACAGUGUAAUGCCGUGAUUCAGAACAGCACCAGUCAAGAUCAUGAGACCUCAGAAGGUAAUGAAGCCAAAAGCACUAAGUCAGAGUCCAUAGAGGUGAUGGACUCCCCGGAGGAAGAUCGUGGGAGCGGCCACUCUGGAGCUGAGCCAGAGGCGCAGGGCGAAGCAGAGGGGAGCGAGGUGCCCCCUGUCCCGGUCACUGUCAACGGGCAGGGUGGCUCCCAGGGCUCCAGCUCUGGAAGCCCCGACACAGAGUCUCCAGUCAUGAUCAGUGUGGACGAGGUAGGCUCAGGAAACACUAGCCAGAAAUCAGAUGAGGAUGACUUUGUGAAGGUGGAGGAUCUGCCUCUACAGCUCUCUGUAAUGUCUGAGGAGGAGUUGAGGAAGAGGAUCACGGAGGAGCAGCAGAACAACAACCUGACAGUGGAGCUCCUCAACGGCAACACAGAGGGCCUCACAGGGCUCAUUGGUGAUGGCCUGGCCCUGAAAGAACCUGAGACCGUCGGAGCCCAGAGUGCAUGAGGACGUCUGGGCCAUCCCCAACACUAGUGCAACAUCAUCCAUGCUGCUUUACACUAGAGGAAAGUGACUCAACACGUGUGUUAAGGUUAAGCUGAGCCUACGAAAUGGAAAAAGAGACUAAUCUCAUUAGGUUCCAAUGGCACCACGCUGCUGCAAUCUACUGUUCUACAUAGAAGGAAGUGUCUAACUGUACAUGAAGGGGUUCUUUGUUGAACCCUAGAUGACGUUUUUAUAAGACGGAAAUUUUAGGGUUAGAGGACUCAUGUUGCUGUCCAUAGGCUCUGCAGUAGUCUGUGUAAUGUGUUUUUUAUUUUAUUUCAGUCUUUUAAGAUCUUUUGUUAUUUUAAAUGAAGCCUCAGAGAGGAAGCUGGUUAGGAUGGGCUUGGGUCCUGUUGUGGACAUUUGCAAUCAGUUACUGUUACUUAGUUAUGGCAUGGUGGCGUUUCUUCUGUUCCUGUGCCUGACUGCAUUAAAUGCCCCCCCAACACCCUGCGGCCUGCCACCGUGCAUUUGGCCUUUUUAAAGCCUUGGUUCAGUAGAAGCAGGUAGGCAUCUCAGAAUUCAACUUUUUUGUAGAUGUGUUGACGUGAUCGGUCAGAGUAUAGUUGCCAAAACUUGCUCGGUUGGUAUGUCAUGGGCUACAUGGCAAAAGAGAAUGGACCCCUCCCCCGGCACUAAAAUGUCCGUCUGUCUGUCUUGCCUGCCUUUUGUGGGGGGGGUUGGGGUAGAGGUCGACCUCAGAUGCACUCUUUUAAAUGUGUAUGUAUCGUUUUAUUUUUAUGUUUUCAGGCACGUUGGCCUUUUUCAGUGCUUGGGCAUCUUAUCCCAUUCUGAUUUCCAUGUAAUUCAGAUAUUUACUAUGAGGUUUUAAGAUUAAAUGGAAAAAAAAAGAAUAAAACAUUGAUUUUUACUUUUCCCUCCAGUAAAA